GAAUGCACCGAAUUGCAGUACGGCGUGGCUUGAAAAGGCCGAAGGGCCGGAAGUGCUGCCGAGCGCGACUGCCGACGGAGUCGUUGCGAGGAGCGAAGGGCAUGGAGGCGAUUUGUCGCGUAGCGGGGAUCUCCGACUCUUAUCUGGCAUGACUGCUCUGCAUCCUACCAUAUCGCUGAACUCAUCUUCGGGGACUUCUUGUUGGGGAGUCCGCUUCAGCCGACCUGGUGCACGGUCCGUUGCCCCGUUAUCUGGUCUCGUGACGCUGCCCCUCUGCAUGGAAAUACUCGCACGGCCAGCCAGUGCUUGAGCGCUCGUCGUGGCGAAUUGGGUCACGCAACUCGACUCUGUGCGCGGCCGGUGCACGCUGGACUCGUCUUCGGUGAGCUGUGGAGCGAGGAGGGAGGGGACGAGCAGCGAGAGAUUUUAUUCUUGAUUUGCCGAUAAUUCCUCGAGGUCGGACGCCGAACUGCGUCAAUGGGAAGCGGGGUUGCAGCAGUACCCGUGAUGGCAGCUGUUGGGAGCUCGCCAGUGGUCAGGGCAGGCGGCCGAGUCGGUGGUGGUGCUAGUGCUAUGGCCUGCGGAGCGCAGCAGCCCCGAGCGUGUGGCGUGGCGACCUCUGUUCGCUCGCUCCAGAGUAAGAGUUCGGGAAUUUCCUUGAUGUUUUCCCGGAAGAGCGAUUCCUUGCUCAUGCCUGCGAAAGCUGGGCCGAGGUCUAGCGCAAAAUCCCCUGUUCAAGUUUUCGCGCGAGUGGUCGAGGAGGUUUCGAGUAUCGUGGAGGAGCGAGCUGGCGAAGACAGGCCUUUCGUUUUCAAAGACUACAUGACAGGGAAGGCCGUCGAUGUGAAUUCAGCUCUGGACUCGGCCGUGCCUCUGCAGUAUCCCGAGAAAAUCACCGAGUCCAUGCGCUACUCGUUGCUCGCUGGAGGGAAACGAGUGCGCCCUGCGCUUUGCAUUGCCGCUUGUGAGCUGGUGGGUGGUAAGCAAGAGGCUGUAAUGCCGACCGCCUGUGCCAUGGAGAUGAUCCACACCAUGUCUCUUAUCCACGAUGACCUUCCCUGCAUGGACAACGAUGAUUUGCGCCGAGGAGUGCCGACGAAUCACAAAAAAUUUGGAGAGGACACAGCUGUUCUGGCUGGUGAUGCGCUUCUUUCCUUCGCAUUUGAGCACAUUGCGAGAGAUACUCGCGGUGUCCCGGCAGAGAGAAUUGUGCGAGUGAUAGCAAAUCUGGGCAAGGCCGUAGGUGCCGAAGGACUCGUAGGGGGACAAGUUGUUGACAUUAUGAGCGAGGGUGAUCCCACUGUGGGUCUCGACACUCUGGAAUACAUUCACUUGCACAAAACCGCGGGCUUGCUCGAGAGCGCUGUAGUUUGCGGAGCCAUAAUUGGUGGUGCUUCGGAUGAGGAGAUUGUGAGACUGUCGAACUACGCGCGGUAUGUUGGUCUUCUCUUUCAAGUGAUUGAUGAUAUAUUGGACGUGACUCAAUCCUCUGAGGAGCUGGGCAAGACCGCUGGAAAGGAUCUUCUUGUUGAUAAGGCCACAUACCCCAAACUUUUAGGUUUGGAGAAGUCGAGAGAGUUCGCUGCCGAACUGACUCACAAGGCGAAAGGGGAGCUUUCAAUCUUUGACCAGAAAAAGUGCGCACCUUUGCUCGGCUUAGCCGACUACAUCGCUAGUAGGCAAAAUUAGCUGGAGGAAAAUGAUAGCACGUAAGUGCCCAAUAACAUAGCCCAUGUUUAGUUAUAGUAGAGAUAAUUUUGUUUUCUCAACCCGGCUGAGAAUCGAGAAACUAGUUGUCGCGUCGCAUGUCAAUACCACUUGCUCUCGUCCUCAUAUAACCGACACAUGGAGGAUGUCACCAUCAAGCAAGGUCAGAUACUGUUGUACGCUCAGUCCUAGUUUGUCGCACUUACCAAGCUGCCUUUUUCUUCUAACAAAACAGUCCCUUUACUCUUGAGGACCACUCAGAGCCCGUUCGCGGAACACUCGAGCUGCUAUUGCAGCUGCUGCUAAAAUUGCAGCGCAUUGUACAUUUUUUAAUCUGUAGCAGAGAUGUUCUGUAGAAUGGAGGGGAUGCCUCGAUGCAGUUGAUUUUUCCAGAUUCUUCCAUAUUGCCAGUUGAUGAGGAAGCGUCAUACAUAUCCGAAAUCUUCAAUUGCAUACGACGUUCGUCCAACGUAACCUUUGGAUCUAUAGUUGUCCCUUGCCAUUUGUUCUCCCAUUCAUUGGAACUUUUGUUUUAUUUGAUAGUCUACGAUAUGCCUCUUGGUACGCCUAUUCAUUUUAAGGCUGAAACUCACUGCUACUUUUAAACUUUGGUUCCUCUGGAGCAUCUCUUUCAGCUCGAGCGGAUUGAAGAACUCUUUCAUAACAUGGUAGAUUAGUCCUAGUUUCUGAUCCCAACACCUCAAGACGAUAACGCUCACUAGAGGUCGUCUGCUCUUCAAACUUCGAAACUAGCCACGCAGCCCUGCAGAUUUAGAAAUUCGAAGGGCACUCUCUGUCACACGUGACCAGACAUCGACCCCAGAUUAUGGAGAGAUGAAUUAAUCUUUCGCGGUUUGCACUAUCACAACUUGUUGGACCUCAUUGAAAGCCUGUUGGUCUGAAGUUUGCUCUUCAAUUUCACCUCUCCCACUGUAAGGUCGUUGUGUGUACUCCCCGGAAGCCUUGACAUCAUUUUCAGCGGUUAUUUUGAAUUCUUUGCACACUUCAUUCCCUUUUCGAAGCGGAUCAAUUGGCUUGGCUUUUUGUGAAAUGUACUCGCACACGCAGAACUGCCGUAGUAUUCACCCCCGCCGGUAACAGGC